UCCAGUCUGCAGCUAGACUACUUUGACUGUAGCGGCAAGUGAAGCCAGCAAGGAUUCUGUGUGUGUCUAUUCUAAAGAGAUUUACUACCCAGGUCUAGACGACUAGAAGACAGAAGAGAAGAUAUUCAUCUGAUCUAGUAGUAGCUAGACUAAUUUACGCCUAUUUCAUAAGUCUCAGCCAACCUACGUUCUUCUUCAGCUUUCUGUCCCCUCCCCUCCCUGCAGAUUUCACUGGUUGCAUAAAAAACGUAAAAUUUAGCUCAACGGAACGGAUUCUUCAUUCCUGACAGCUGAGCUGAAGCUGUAGAUAGCCUUUUCUUUGAACUGUGGUAUUCCCAGCUUUGGUAUUUGUAGAGCGCCAACAGAUUCCGCAUAUUUUACAUUUCCUUACAUCAAACUCCCUCCUUCACCCACUGCCAUCUGGAUUUUGUCCCCCAACAUUCCACAGAGACAGCAAUUGUUAAGGAGUAAACAAUGCCAAACUACAAGCUUAUCUAUUUUAACUUCAGAGGGAGAGGAGAAAUAAUUCGCUAUCUUUUUGCCUAUUUGAAUCAGGAAUAUGAAGACCGCAGGAUUGAGUUCCCAGAUUGGCCUGCAAUCAAACCUACUAUUCCAUAUGGAAAACUUCCAGUUUUAGAAAUUGAUGGCGUCAUCUAUCACCAAAGUCUGGCCGUGGGGCGAUACCUGGCUAAAAAAGCAGGAUUGGCAGGUAAAUCCGAUUUGGAACAACUUCGUGUUGAUGCUAUUAUAGCUUCAAUUGAUGACUUCAUAUCUGAGUUUCCUUGGGAAGCAGAAAAUGAAGCAGAAAAAAAACGGAAGCAAACAGAGUAUGUGGCCAAAGUUGCACCAGACGUACUGAGUAGCUUGGAAAAAUCCUUGGGAGACCAUGUCUGGUUUGUUGGUGACUCUGUAACCUGGGCAGACUUUUCCUGGGAUAUCUGUAGUGAUGGAAUUGAAGGCUAUGUACCUGGCUUUGCAGACAAAUACGUAAAACUGAAGGCUCUUAAAGAAAGAGUAAAAGCUAUUCCGGCUAUUGCAGCAUGGGUAAAAAAACGACCACACACAGAAGCAUAAUUUGCAAUGCAUAGCUGACUAGGAAGCUAUCAGUUCAAGCAUGCUACAGUUUGUUUUAUUUGACAAUAAAAAAUUUCACAGCAAA